CAAUACAGUUGCACUUGUAAUUUAACUCUUGAUCAGCAAAUUUACCAUCCAGAAAGACAGCUAGGGUUCAGACAUUAGCUAUCAUUAUAUCCUAACAAUUUGCCAUCUCUGAGGCUACAGCACCUGUUUGCAGAAUUCAAACUGCCUUGGAAGCUAUGUAUGGGGCCGUUUUGUGUAUAUUGUUGCCAGGCUUUUGAAGACCUGAUAUGGCAUUUAGUGAGAUACAAGUAAAGCAUAGCUAUGUAAUUAAACAAAGAAACAAAUGCAUAUUUGAGCACAUCAAAGUACAUGCCAUUCUGUUAGAAGAAUUUUGCAACCUGGAGUUUUUCAAGGAAAAGCAAAGCAAAUAGGCAACUGUAUAAUAUUUGAAGGCAAGUUUGACAAUGAACAAUGUCAAAUUCAGUUCUGAAGCAUCUAUUAAUAAAAAUUUACAUUUGCCUGAGAUAGUUUGAAUUAUCAGCUGGUAACUAUUUAAUGUGCCAUCUGCUUCCCAAUUCCUGAUACAUGUUUCCCUCUGCUGGAACUUCAGAAGUAUUACAGUAGUAGCACUUAAAAUUGGAAGCUCAGCAAGAGUUCUUAAAGCACUUAAUUGAGAACCUUCAGAUGUUGUAUUAAAGAUUAAACAACAAGUUGGAAAAUGCCUACAUCCACUCCACUAAUUGGUGGUUGAUGUCUAUUUACCUCUUCCUGAUCCAAGACACCAAUUCACCAGGACUGUCUGUCGGUAACUGCUUUGAGUUUUUGAAAGCUUCUGCUUCUGCUGCUAGUUAAUAUUGGUUGUUUAUUGAUAGAUGUACUGUAGGUAAUGGGUUGGAUAUCACUGCAUCUUCUUCAUCAUCCUGCAGAGAAUGCUGAAAAUACAUUAUGAUCUAAGACAAAGCUUAUUAGGCAUCUCAGAAGCUGGUCAAGGUAACGGAGAGAACAAAAGUAUGAAUAUCCCACUUAACCAUUUCUUCAUAAUGUCUGACUUUCACCAUUUCUCCCAAUCCAAAACUAUGAUAAUUGUAUUCUUGUAAACUGAGCUUCUGAAAAAGAAGUGCAAUGGGUAGCAUGCCUUGGUCCUUUCGACACUGGGUGAACAUAUUGAAAUCAGAGUGCCAAUUGUAGAUAAUUAUCUGGACAAAUAAUAAUAGAUAAAUUUAGCUUGGAAAUGCUUUUUGGGGUAAGCAGGCCCUGUUUCUCUUUUAUCUGCAUUGCAAUGUCCUACAGUAGCAGGAAGGAUUUCAUCACCUGAACAUCUGUCCCUUUGUUAUGGAAGAUACUAAAUGACACUAUAUCAUAAUCAUAUUUGGAAUCAAGUACUCAGCCAGGAUAUCAAGAGAUGUCCAGUAUUACUAACUAGUUUCUUUUCUCUCUCUUUCUAAUGCAGCAACAGCUACUGAUUUUCAGCCAUGUGCUCCUUCCUGCAAAACAUGUGAAACAGCUGCAGAUAGAUGUACUUCAUGCCCUGCAGGCCAAUUUCUUUUUGCUGGGACCUGUCGCCACGAUUGCCCUCCUCAAACAUUUCGCAAUACAAAGACAAAACAAUGCGAGAACUGCACCAAGGACUGCGAAGAAUGCAUAGCAAAUCAACACUGUCUGAAAUGUUUGUCCAGUACAAACACACCACGCUACUUGCACAGAGGCGAAUGCUUACAGGAGUGCCCCAUGGGCUUUUUUGCUAAAGAUGAGAAGUGCAAGGAAUGCAGCCCGCCUUGCAAAACAUGCAGAAAAAAUGCCACCACAUGCCUCUCCUGUGAAAGUCCCUUGCUGCUAGAGGGCUUCAGAUGCAAACCUAAAUGUUCCAAGGGGCAUUUUGCUGCCGAUGGAGGCUGUGAAGCUUGUCCUCAGAUGUGUCAGGAAUGUAUUAAUCAAAGCAAAUGCAAAGGGUGUGUUCCUCCCUUCCAUCUGCACAAUGGCCAGUGUUUGCAGAAUUGUCCCUCUGGUUUUUACUCUCUCUCCACCCACUGCCUCUCCUGCCAUGAGCACUGCAGAGAAUGUGAAGGUCCAGAAGAUGAUGACUGCACUGCCUGUCCUGAGACUUCCUAUGCAUUAUUCAAAGGCAGAUGUUUUGAAGACUGCCCAGAUGGCACUUACUUUGAAAAAGAGACCAGCAGCUGCAGAGCCUGCAACGAGACCUGCGGAACUUGUUCAUCUGGCACAAGGUGCAUUUCCUGCCAAGAAGGCCUGUUGAUGACCAGCAGUGGCCUCUGUGUAAUCCCUCAGUACUGCUUGCCCAAUCAGUACUAUGACAAAGAGAGUAGAGCAUGUAGGCCUUGCCAUAAGAACUGUCUCCAUUGCAAAGGGCCAGGCAACUUUCAGUGUCUCAGCUGCCCAAGUGGUUUGCAUCUUCUCAAUACAACCUGUGUCAGUUCCUGUCCUGAUGGGUACCAUGAAGAUACUAACUCCCACUGCCACCCUUGUCACAGAACCUGUAAAACCUGCAAUGGGCAACACAGCACCCAUUGCCUUCUCUGCCCUCCAAACCGGUACAAGCAAGAAGAGCGGUGUGUCCAGAAUUGUACAGCUGGGUAUUAUGUCAAUAGUGUCACCAGGACCUGUGAGAGAUGUCACACAAGCUGCCAGAAAUGUUUGGGACCUGCACCUAAAGAAUGCUUAUCCUGCAUGGAUAAUUUCUUCCUGCUGCACUCUUCUGGCCAAUGUGUCUCUUCCUGCCCUGAAUAUUACUAUGCAGAUCUUGAUACUCAGACUUGUAAACGGUGCCAUCCAAUUUGUCACACUUGCACAGGGAAGGGAGAAUUUGAAUGCACAACCUGCGUAACAAGUUAUCGUUUCAUAGCUGGAUUGUGCAACUCGGUCUGCUUACUUGGAGAGUAUCAAGACUCAGAGGUAAAACCAUCAAAAUGUGAGAAAUGCCAUGAUUCCUGUAUGCAGUGCAAGGGACCCGGUCCCUUCAACUGUACUUCAUGUCAUCUUAACACACAACUAUAUGUUGAUGAAUAUCGAUGUGUGCCAUGCUGUAAGGUUGCUGGUUUGAUGGAAACUCAGGAAUGUUGUAACUGCACUUUAACAUCAGAUGAGUGUAUAUUGGUCAUUCCUCAUUUGCCAGAGAAUAUCAGAGGCAAAGCUGUGGCUUUGACAGUGGCAUUAUUCAUUUUGUUGAGUGUCUUCAUUGGGGCCUCUGUUUUCAUAUGGAGAAGACUGCGAGCCAGGCCUAUCUCUGUUUACCAGGCUGGAUAUAAAAAGUUGGCAGACAAUGCAAAGGCCCUCAGUUCUUUCAAGAGCAAUCACUACCAGAGCACCAGCUACCCAGAAAAUCAAGUGAAUGAAUACAAGGAUCGGGAGGAUGAUGAUGAUGACGACGAUGAAGAUGACAACGAUAUUGUCUAUAUGAGCCGUGAUGGCACUGUCUAUCGUAAAUUUAAAUAUGGACUUCUGGAAGAGGAUGACAUAGAUGAGCUGGAAUAUGAUGAUGAAAGUUACUCCUUUACAUAACCUAGUGUUUGUACAAGUGUCAUUGCACUUGUAAUGCUUUGCUGAAUAAGUUACCAGAAGAUGUAUGUAAAUUUAGUACAAGUUCAGAAUCUCACUUAAAUGAUAAAAAAUAACCACUUAAUGUAUAUCUACAAAUACUGUGGUAUUGUGUUUCCUCACUAUUUGGUUGAACAACGCAAUCAUCCUUCCAUCAUACGCAAACCAUGGUAGAGUAUCACUUUUAGUAAAUGGUUGUCUGUAUUCACUCAUUCAUGUUUCAAGUAUGUUUCUUCCUGCAUUUUUAUAUUAAAAUUAUAUCAUUCAAAUCAUGAAGCACUUGUCUGAGACAAAAUGUUUCUAAUAAAAUUGAAAUUUCUUGAAUUAAAUUGCCCACCACUUUUCAAACAUUGGACAAAAUAGCACCAUUGAUGCAGGGCUGUUUUAACUUCCUCUUGUGUUGCGUACCAAUACAGCGAUGAAAUAAGGAAUAAUAUGGGUUCAGACUAUGUAGAACUGAAAAAUGAAUAAAUGCAACAGCCUAACCCAUGAAUAUGAACAAC